AUUACCAAAAAGACAGUGGAGACUGCCAAUGACGUGACAGACGCCAACCCAAUCUAUACAUACACUAUACGUACAUAAAUCCAACAAUAUACAACAAUUCCUCCAAUUCACGAGCUCCACACCCUCAACCUAGCUAAAGCCCUUCUCUUUCAGCCUCCUCAAAGGAUGUCGACUCCAUCUAGGAAGAGACUUAUGAGGGAUUUCAAGAGGUUGCAGCAGGAUCCUCCUGCAGGUAUUAGCGGUGCCCCUCAAGACAACAAUAUUAUGUUUUGGAAUGCUGUUAUAUUUGGUCCUGAUGAUACACCUUGGGAUGGAGGUACGUUCAAGUUAACACUUCAAUUCACUGAAGAUUACCCAAACAAGCCUCCAAUAGUGCGAUUUGUUUCACGGAUGUUCCAUCCCAAUAUUUAUGCAGACGGAAGUAUAUGUUUGGAUAUUCUUCAAAAUCAGUGGAGUCCAAUAUAUGAUGUUGCGGCUAUUCUUACUUCUAUCCAGUCUCUGUUAUGUGAUCCGAACCCUAACUCCCCUGCAAAUUCUGAAGCUGCCCGGAUGUUCAGUGAGAACAAGCGAGAAUAUAACCGCAGGGUUAGGGAAAUUGUGGAGCAGAGCUGGACGGCUGAUUGACCCUUGAUGCGCGGCGACUGUGAUUGGAUCCAUGCAAUAGUUUGAAAACCUACUUAUAAGUAAAAUGUACCACUUGAGCAAACUUUUCAAUUGGGACACAGUUUUCAAGUCCGGUCAUGUAUAAGUCGUUGAGUUGUGUCUUGUCAUGCAUAUUAGAAUGUUAUGUAUUGAUUUUCCUUGGAAUUGGAAUGGACUUGCUCUCGGAAUCUAUGUUACUUAGCAACGUGCUUUAUUACUAUCAUUUCUCUA